AAAUGGCUGUGUUCAACUUCGGAAACGUUUUUUAGGAUUCUAUAUUUGUUGUGCUGAACGAACAACACUAAUAUGAAGUAUAAUAACAUAGGUGAAGUGAAAUCAUUUAUUGGAAACCGCUGGAAGUUUUGAGCAAAGUUCAGCGGUCGUAAUUGUGAUCCAGAAUGGCGUAUGGAACACCCCAAAAGCAGAAUGAGAAAAAUAAGUGAAAGGGGGAGGUCAUCAACCAAUGAAUGAAAGGGCUUUGAACCAAUGAGAUAACUAGUAGCUUGCGCGACUGAAAUAUUUGCCAAUCAAUACAGAUCAUGUCGGGGCAAAUGCUAUCUUUGUACAUGUUCAAGGGUGUGCGCACAGGAGAACAUUUCCUGCCCUGAUGCAUGGUGGUCGAACCGAAGGGAUUGUUGGAAAUUUUAGAGAGCAACAAUGCUUUUGGCUCAGAUUAACCGGGACUCCCAGGGCAUUGCAGAGUUCCAAAAUGCAGGUGGAGGCACUCAGCAGGUCACUCUCUGUUUGGCUGAGGCUGUUUCAGAUGGCGAUCAGAUGGACAUGGACACUGUGAGUUUGCAGGCUGUGACCCUUGCAGAUGGCUCUACAGCUUACAUACAGCACAACCCUAAAGUCUCCAUUUCAGAUGGCAAGUUUAUGGAUGGACAGGUCAUUCAGCUGGAGGAUGGAUCUACUGCAUAUGUCCAACAUGUAUCAAUGCCAAGAGCAGAGGAGGCCAACAGGUGGACAGGAUCCCCUUUGUGUGACGUAAUUGGAGGAGAUGGUCUGAGACUUGAGGAUGGUCAGGCUGUGCAGCUGGAAGAUGGCACAACAGCUUAUAUCCACACGCCAAAAGAUACCUAUGACCAGAAUACCCUGCAGGCUGUUCAGCUGGAGGAUGGCACCACAGCUUACAUCCAGCACACAGUACAGAUGCCUCAGACCAACACCAUCCUGGCUAUCCAGGCAGAUGGAACAGUGUCAGACCUGAAUGCUGAUGGAACCCUCGACCAAGAGACCAUCAACGUGCUGGAACAAUACACCGCUAAAGUGGAGGCUGAUGAUGUCAACUCCGUACUGAUGAGAGCUGAGCAAGAUUGUGGUGUGCAGAUGCAGAUUGUGCUUCAAAGGCAGAGUGGUCGUAGUUCUAGGGAGCAGCCUACAGAGAAAUCUUUCCGCUGUGACUAUGAGGGCUGUGGGAAACUCUACACAACAGCACACCAUCUGAAGGUACAUGAGAGGUACCACACAGGUGACCGGCCAUAUCUGUGUGAUCACCUGGGGUGUGGAAAGAAGUUUGCUACAGGGUAUGGCCUGAAAAGUCACAUCAGGACACAUACUGGUGAGAAGCCUUAUCGCUGCCAGGAAGUGCACUGUGCAAAGUCGUUCAAGACGUCAGGUGACCUCCAAAAGCACAUCAGAACCCACACAGGAGAGAAGCCAUUCAUGUGCCCGUUUGAGGGGUGCGGGAGAUCGUUUACUACCUCUAACAUCAGGAAGGUGCACAUUCGCACACACACAGGGGAGAGGCCUUACUACUGUGCAGAGCCUGGCUGUGGGCGAGCCUUUGCCAGUGCCACCAACUAUAAGAACCACGUGAGGAUCCACACAGGAGAGAAGCCUUACGUUUGCACAGUCCCAGGCUGUGACAAGCGGUUCACAGAGUACUCCAGCCUUUACAAACACCACGUUGUCCACACACCAUGCAAGCCCUACAACUGCAACCACUGUGGGAAGACCUACAAGCAGAUCUCUACCCUGGCCAUGCACAAACGCACAGCUCAUAACGUCACAGAGCCCAUUGAGGAAGAGCAGGAGGCCUACUAUGAACCCCCUACAGAGGCCAUCGAUGAUCCCUCAGUGAAUUUUGCCCAGGUUGAGGAGGAGGAGGAGGAGUCCUGUUCGGAACAGAUGACUGAGACCAUUGGUCAGCAGCAUGUGCAGCUCAUAACACACCCAGAUGGAACCCAACAGGUCAGUAUUUCCCAGGCUGACAUGCAGGCGUUGGGAAACACAAUUACCAUGGUAACCAGUGAUGGCACCACCUUCACGGUUCCUUCCCAUGAAAUGCUUAAUGCAGAUGGUACACAUUCAGUCACCAUGGUAGCAGCAGAUGGUACAGAAGAACAGGUGGCCAUUGAUUUGGCCUCCUUUCAGGGCAUGCAGACAGAGGAGGGUGUUCACCCUGUCACUCUGUUAGCCACCUCAAACGGCACACAGAUCGCUGUCCAGCUUAGUGAACAACCUUCACUCGAAGAAGCCAUCAGGAUAGCAUCAAGAAUACAACAGGGAGAGAUGGGAUUGGAUGAUUAGAUAAGCCUUUCAAUUUCUAUUGAAAUAUUUAAUAUGACGAGAACAACUGAUCUAUACAAAUUCUACAGUUUUCUGACUUAAGGGUAUUGUUCUUAAAUCAAACAUGGAAUUCUUUAUUAAGAUUUGUAAAUAGACAUUUUGAUAUGGCUGCACCAAGAGUCUGUAAUGCUGAAACAUCCAUUACUUUGUUGAGUAAGAUGUGUGUUGCUGCAUGAAUGAGAUUAAGAAAUGUAAGGUGUGUUUGGACUUUUGGUACCAUUUUUCCAUGUGUGAAUAUUGUAUUCUGUGUAUAUACAGUAAAUAGCCAAUGUUUUGAAUCCAGCAUAUAUUUUAACUUUGAAUGUGUACAAAUAAUGGAUACACAUUGGUUGUUAAAUAAAGCAGUACAAUUCUA